CGAUGUGUGCGACUGUACUGUUCAGGUUAAAUUGUUUAUAUUCAACAAAUCGUUCAGGUUUUCUACAUUCUGGUAGAAAUUUUAGGGUUCUUAAUGCAAAAAGUUGGUAUUUAUCUUCGUUGUGAAGAAGUCAGUUACAGUGAAUAAAUAUAAAUUAGAAAGAUUUCUAUUGCCGGAUAUCAAUCAGUCAAAUAACAACAGCAACAAAUGCCUUGAGUCCAAUAGGCAGAAGUAUUUUGUAAACAUAAAUAUAACAUCUUUACAAUGCAAACCACUGGAAACGCGUCUCAUUAUAUUACUUCCAAAUAAUUCCCUAAUUCAACUGGAUUAUGAAUUCAAUUUAAUUAAGGACGUAAAGUUAAUCACUUCUGACUGUAAAUCACAUUUUGAACCUAUUUAUUCCGAACGGAUAAAACUUUUUCAGAUAAAACUUGGAUACAUAAUUUUCAACUACAAGACAAACACAAUGUUUCUAUUAGAAUCACCUUCAUAUGCGGAUUCCAGUAAACUUGCUUGUCACGAAAUGUCUCAUCUAACAGGAUCACCAAUCGUUGUUAUUACAAAAGAGCAGCAGUUUACCCCAACUUGUUCCACAAGUCUACGAGAUAUAUCCACAAUGUUCUUAGAAAAUAAAGCAUUUUUGAGCUGGAGAUCAUGCAUCUGGAAUAAGCAAUAUAAAAAUCCCUCUGGUUGGCACAAAUGGUCGUAUCUGCUGCAUAUAUCUUCCAAGAAUUCUUCAAAUAUAACCAGUUUGGUUGAACAGAAAUAUUUCAAUGAAACAAUGAAAUAUGAAAUAUCUGAUUUAUCGCGAAAUACUCACUAUCAGCUCUUCAUAAACGUUCAGCAAUCCAAUGAGAGGUUUUCAAUGCAUCAAGAGACGUUGAACAAAGAUCUUUCAGUUAACUUGUUGACCGUGGAUGAAAAUUAUGCUCACAUAUACAUCCUUUUAAACGGGAAUUGGAUAUUCACCUACUCAUUUGUGCAUGAUUUUCAUCGCAGUAUUAAAGAUGUCAUACUUCAUAAGAGUCAGAUAUGGAUCCUUCUGAAAAGUGGUGACGUAUAUUUGGGUUUAAUCAGUGAUAAAUCUAUUUCUUCUGCACUGAAACUGGCAAACAAUUUCCCAUGGAGUCAAGUGAAAAUUAGCAACUAUACAGAAUUUGCUUCUGUUAACUGGGCACAUUUAACCAACAUCAAAGCAUCUCGUAUUGUCUUGGACAGACGGUGGUCUGACCUUUACUUCACCAGUCCAAGUACCAAAUGGAUUUAUAGAUGGACUCUUAGUCCUUAUCAACAUGAUAUCUACGGUAACAGUUUGGAAAAUGUAGUAUAUGGCUAUCCAACCUUGAUUCAACAAUCCCCCGUUAUCGACUUUGUCGUAGACUCAAAACAUAAUCAUUUAAUAUGGAUUGCUUCAUACCUUGACUCUUCGGCAGCCGUUUUUUCAAAGAAAUUAGGACACUCAGACAGAGUGUCGCUCAUUCAAAAGAUUAAUUAUCUUUCAUCCAACAGUAUACCAAAAUUCUUAAUACAGGACUUUGAUUCUUUGAAUCGAUUCUACUACACAGUUGAAAGUUAUCAAACUGUUCAAAAGGAUUCGCAUCAUGUUAAAAAUUUGACAAGUAUUUGGAAAAUGCCUGGGUUAAAGAAAGACUCAGAUAAGUGCAUAAAACAUGAAAAUGCCAGUUUAACUUUGUGCCCAAUGAAUACAUCCUGGUUGUUGGAAUCAAAACCAUCAAUACUAGGCAAUUCUGGCAUUUCUAUAGAACUUCUUGCUAAUCAACAGCUAAUUUGGACAUCAUUAAAAUGGAAUACUUUCUUUGAAUUAUUCUCCAUAAUAAGUAUUCCCAUAACAGUAUAUACGCAUAUAAUUUGGAACCUGGAUUAUCCAACUGUUCAUCAAUUCAGCCAACAUUAUCAGCUUAUGCUUCUUACGAUUUCACGCGGCAUCAAUCGGUUAUAGAUUUCUCAGUAUGUUUUCUACGAAACAGAGUAAUGUCUUUGGUAGACUCGAAUUCAGUAGAUGCGGUUUUAACAAUGGGCAGAUACAAGAUUAAAGGUGAAAUAAAUGUGAUGAAUGCAUUUGUGAACAGAAUUUGUGUAGUACAAUCUGUUAACCGGUCGAAUGAUUUAAUCCAGAGAUACGUCAGUCUACCGGAUAUACUUGGAUCUGACUUAUGUAGUUAUGUUUAUUUUAACGAAAUUACAGUGCAUGGUUGCCUUCCUGAUAAAUUUAUUGAUUUCCACGAGUUGAGUAAAUCAAAUAAAGUAACAGAGAAAGUAAUUAAACAGAUGGUUUCAUGGAAAGGAGAUGCAAUAGAUUCAACAAUCAAUGUUAUUCUGGGUGAAGAUACGCAUGUUAAAUCAUUUGUUAUAAACCAUGGGGUUUCACUAUACUCUGGAGAUUUGAAAACAAGGGUAUAUUUUACCAAUGACUACCGCAAACCAACUUCUGAGGCUGAGUUCUCAAAUUACAAACUCCACCAUGAACUGAAAACCAAUUCGGGUAAUUUUACCCAAAACAUACUGAUAUCUCCACUAGAUGAUACUUUCCGACGAGUCAUGUUUUCACUUGAUUGGUGCUAUUAUGGAAGUAUUUACACAGUUGAAUGUUCGUCCCACCAUCUGACUGACGUUGAUUUGUGGCUACACAUUUGUCAGUUAGGUCAGUAUGCAGUUGAGCAUUGGUUUGAGCUUAAGAAUGACUCUAACGAUGAGGUGGAAACACUGACAGACAAUGAGGAAGCUUUAUGCGGUUACGAUUACACAAAUUUAUUCACUUAUAUAUUUAUCAAUAACAAAAAGAUUCCAACAAUACAUGCUGAAAUGCUCACAACCAAAAGGUAAGUACUGAAUAAGGAAUGAAUCUCGUCACGUGUUUAUUUACUUCGCUAGUAGGCAGUUAAUAACAGAUCUAUCUAGUUGAAAAUCUGAGAUUUCUUUUUUAGGCUCAUUUCGUGCAAGUACAAAUGCCCAAUAAAGCAGGCAGAAAUAAUGUAACGAAAAAGAAGAAAAACUGGACAUCUGUUUAUGGACGAACAUUUUUUCCAGAAAGAUGUAAAAU